AUGAGUGAUGACGAGUACUUGAAGGCAUUAGAAAUACAAAGGAGAAACUUUGAGGCCCAAUUUGGGUCUUUGGAAACGAUGGGAUUUGAAGAUAAGUCCAAGGUGGAUGAGAAUAAUGCUGAGGAUGGUCUGAGCGAUGAGGAGGAUCAAGAUGAAAAUGAAGACGAAUAUGAAUUUAAUGGGUUUGAGUCUAACGAUGAUUCAGAUUCAGAUCAAGACAAGGACAUAGACUCAAGUGAAGAAUUUGUUUCGGACGAGGAAGGGACAAGAGUUGUUCCUAAAGUGGUGAAGAUAAACGACCAACAUUCCACUAAUAACGGAACCAUAAUAAGCAAGGCCGACAAAAAGUUACUCAGAUCAGGUAGAGCACCCACCCUUGCCGAAAUUGCCAGAAAAGAGCAAGAACUCCAGAAAAAAAAUAAGAAAUCCCAACAAGCAGUGAAGGAAGAUGAAGAUAAUUUGGAAAACGACUUGAAGUUACAGAGAUUAUUGCAAGAAUCACAUAUAUUGGCAAACAAGGUUGAAUACUCUGGUGCGGAUGUCACAUUGCAAACGCUUGAUUUCGAGGCACCUACCGGUAACGCAAGGAAAAGAACACUUGACUCACGUCUCAGAAACAUCUCCUCGGUUAACUCCUCUACCAAAGGAUUGCCCAAGACGUUGGAGAAAAUGCCGAUGUCGAUGAGAAAGGGUAUGAUCGCCAGCCGUGAACGUCAAAUCGCCAAGUAUGAGGAAGAAGCCAGGAAUGCAGGUAUCAUUUUGUCAAAGGUCAAGAAAGGUGAAUUGAGAGACAUUAAACAAGGAAGGGGCUCCACAUUAGCCAGUGAUAGAUUGGGUACUGGUAAAAGGGCUCCAAUGAAAAUUAGAGACAGAGGAUUGAAAAUUAAUUCGGUAGGUAGAUCUACAAGGAACGGUUUGAUUAUAUCUCAACAAGAAAUUGACAAAAUUAACAAUCAAGGUCGCCGUUUCAACAAGAAGAAGAGAUAA